AUGAGCCGGACGUUGACGAGCCGGCAGGCUGAGGAGCUGCAUAAAUCCAUCAUCGCCUACCUCGCCGCAAAUAACCUGCAGGAUAGCGCCAGUGCCAUGAGGACGGAGCUUGGUCUUGGAGAGGAUGCUUUCGACACGGCCACCGCUAAGAAGUACGAGACCCUGCUGGAGAAGAAAUGGACCAGUGUCGUGCGCCUACAAAAAAAGAUCAUGGAUCUAGAAGCGCAGACCCAGACCCUUCAGACAGAACUUAAUAGCGCUACACCGACAUCUAAUCGCAGAGGAGAUCCCUCAUCCUGGCUCCCAGCUGGCCCUCCACGACACGUCCUUCAAUCGCAUCGAACGCCAAUCAACUGCGUCGCUUUCCACCCUAUUUUCUCGUCCAUCGCGUCCGGAGACGAAGAUGCCACUAUCAAGAUUUGGGAUUGGGAGUUUGGCGAACUUGAAAGGACGGUAAAAGGUCACACCAAAGCGGUCCUCGACCUCGAUUAUGGUGGUCCAAAAGGUCACACACUACUAGCCUCUUGCAGUUCCGAUUUGACCAUCAAGCUUUGGGAUCCCGCGAACGAGUACCAAAACAUUCGAACACUACCUGGCCACGAUCACAGCGUAAGCGCCGUCCGAUUUAUACCCUCUGGAGCACCAGGAGCUCCGUUAUCCGGAAACCUGCUCGCGAGCGCCAGUCGAGAUGUCACAGUGAGGAUAUGGGAUGUUACGACAGGAUACUGCGUCAAGACGAUAAGAGGACAUGCCGAUUGGAUCCGUGACGUUUCGCCCUCGUUGGAUGGAAAAUACCUACUAUCGACCGGCAACGACCGAACAGUGAGGCUCUGGGAUAUUUCUGUACCGAACCCCGAAGCCAAACUCGUCAUGAUUGGGCACGAGCAUUUUGUCGAGUGCUGUACCUUUGCGCCCCCAGCAGCAUAUUCGCACUUGGCUACUCUGGCCGGAGUCAAGAAGCCGCCCCCAGCUAGCAGCACGGCCGAGUUUAUGGCAACUGGUGGACGAGAUAAGACGAUCAGGCUGUGGGACGGUCGAGGAAACUGCAUCAAGACCUUGAUAGGGCACGACAACUGGGUUCGAGGAUUGGUGUUCCAUCCAAGCGGCAAAUUUCUGCUUUCCGUAUCCGACGACAAGACAAUUCGAUGCUGGGAUCUCAGCCAAGAAGGAAAGUGCGUCAAGACUGUUGAAGGGUCCCAUGAGCAUUUCAUUACGAGCUUGAGAUGGGCGCCGCCAAUCAUCAAGGAUAAGGGACCAGGCGAAGAGACCAAUGGUGACGUUGGUACUCCAAAGAAGGCAGCGACGGCACCUCAAGAUGUGCAGAUUCGUUGCGUGAUUGCUACUGGAAGUGUAGAUAUGUCUCUUCGAAUCUUUUCACGAUAG